UUGGGGGCGGCUCUGGCCGGAAGCUGCGGGUGGAAAUGGCGGUGGUUCGGGCGAGGGGUAUCAUGAAGCGGUUUUCGCUGUUUAAGGAGUUCUGUUAUUCAGGCUAUGGCAGUCGGCAUUUUGCGAUUUCUUCAAUUAUGAUGGAACGAACUCAUGUCAACUGUGAAAUUAAAGGUGAUGUUGCAGUUGUGCGAUUUAAUACUCCAGAUUCUAAGGUCAACACUCUAUCUAAAAAGCUACAAUCGGAGUUCACUGAGGUGAUGAAUGAAGUUUGGGCAAAUGAUGGUGUUCGAAGUGCUGUUCUUAUUUCAUCGAAGCCAGGCUGUUUCAUUGCUGGUGCUGACAUCAAUAUGAUAGGAGAAUGUAAAUCUGUGGAGGAAGUGAUACGAUUAUCUCAGGAGGGGCAGAAAAUAUUUCAGAAGAUUCAAGAAUCGACCAAACCUGUUGUAGCUGCUAUCAAUGGUUCCUGCCUUGGAGGUGGUCUUGAGGUUGCCAUUGCCUGCCAUUACAGAAUAGCAACAAAGGACAGAAAGACAAUAUUGGGCACUCCGGAAGUCAUGCUUGGUUUAUUGCCAGGAGCUGGUGGUACUCAGAGGCUACCAAAGAUGGUUGGUCUUCCUAAUGCUUUUGAUAUGAUGUUGACUGGGAAAAAUAUCCGUGCAGAUAAAGCUAAGAAGAUGGGUUUGGUUGACCAACUAGUUUCUCCACUCGGCCCUGGCCUGAAGAAUCCAGAGGAGAGAACAAUAGAAUACUUAGAAGAAGUAGCAAUUGAUUGUGCUAGAGGAAUAGUAAAUAAGCAGAUCUCCCUUCAAAAGAAGAAAACGCUUGUUGACACGGUGCAGUCGUGGGCAUUUAAGUUCCCUAUAAUCAGGGAGCAAAUUUAUAAAAUGGUAAGAAAAAAGGUGAUGGCACAAUCCAAAGGACUUUAUCCUGCCCCACUGAAGAUCAUUGAGGUUGUGAAAACUGGAUUAGAGCAGGGAUCGAAUGCCGGUUAUCUAGUUGAGUCACAGAAAUUUGGAGAACUGGCGAUGACAAAUGAAUCAAAAGCACUAACUGGCCUUUAUCAUGGUCAAGUGGCGUGCAAGAAGAACAAAUUUGGAAAACCGCAGAAGGAAACUGAGACAGUUGCCAUUUUGGGUGCUGGUCUAAUGGGUGCUGGUAUAGCACAAGUCACAAUAGACAAAGGUAUUUUAACUGUCUUAAAAGAUACGACAAUGGAAGGCCUUGAUAGAGGUCAACAACAAAUCUAUAAAGGAUUGAAUGAUAAAGUAAAGAGAAAGAAUUUAACAUCAUUUGAGCGCGAUAGACUGUUAUCAAACUUGAUUGGUCAGUUAGACUACAAAGGAUUUGAGAAAGCCGACAUAGUAAUUGAAGCAGUUUUUGAAGAUAUGAAAAUCAAGCAUACUGUACUGAAGGAAGUUGAAGCUGUGGUAGCUCCUCAUUGUAUAUUUGCAAGUAACACAUCAGCUCUGCCAAUUUCUGAAAUUGCUGCUGUCAGUAAAAGACCAGAGAAGGUAAUUGGAAUGCACUAUUUCUCACCUGUAGACAGGAUGCAGUUACUGGAAAUUAUCACCACAGAUAAAACCUCCAAGGAUACAACUGCAACUGCUGUAGCACUUGGCCUUAAGCAGGGAAAAGUCAUAAUUGUAGUCAAGGAUGGCCCUGGCUUUUAUACCACAAGAUGUCUUGCACCUACAUUGGCAGAAGCACUCAGAGUCUUGCAGGAGCAUGCUGAUCCAAAGAAACUAGAUGCAGUUACAACUAGUUAUGGGUUUCCUGUCGGCACUGCCACACUGAUUGAUGAAGUUGGUAUUGAUGUCGCAGCACACGUUGCAGAAGAUUUGGGAAAAGCUUUUGGCUCUCGAAUGGCAGGUGGAAGUGCUGAACUUUUAAAGGAGAUGGUGGCAAAGGGAUUUUUAGGUCGUAAGACAGGGAAAGGUUGCUUCGUUUAUCAGGCAGGUGUGAAAGGCAAAACUUUGAAUCCAGGUGCGAAGGAAAUUUUCGAACGUUUUAAGCUGCCUGCUAACCUUGAAGUUUCAUCAGAUGAAGAUAUUCAGUUGCGACUGGUGUCAAGAUUUGUGAAUGAGGCAGUAUUGUGCCUGCAAGAUGGAAUAUUAAACGACCCGACUGAGGGAGACAUUGGUGCUGUUUUUGGACUAGGGUUCCCACCUUGCCUUGGAGGACCAUUCAAAUUUUUGGAUGCCUAUGGAGCAAACAAACUAGUUGACAAAAUGAAAAAAUAUGAAAGCGUUUACGGCAGUGAAUUCUCACCUUGCCAGAUGUUGCUGGAUUAUGCGAAGGACACAAGCAAAAGAUUCCGUCACUAAGAUGAAGAUGAAACGUGUACCUAACUCUGGGAUAAAUCUAAUAAAAAUAUAUAUAAAUGCUGAA